AUGGCUUCUUCAGCCAAGGACACCGUGCUGUCCCCUGAGCAUAUCAACAAGCUCAUAGAUGAGGGUGUGGCAAUCGUUCUUUUGGAUCGAAAGGUUUUAAAGGUGCCGAAUGGAUUCCUGAAGCACCAUCCAGGAGGAGACAAUGUCAUCAAACACAUGGUGGGCAGAAAUGCGCAAGACGAAAUCGACGCAUUCCACCCCAAAAGCGUAAAAAGAGAAAUGCUGCGAUACCAGGUGGGCAUCGUCGCAGAGAAGUGGGUGAACGUCACUCCUCCCAUCCAGAGAGAGCAGGUUGCGAAGGAGGUGAAGCACGCGAACGAGAGAGCUAUCAGGGACGCACAACAUAGGACCACCACGGGCGAGCUCCCCGAAUUCCUUAUCCAGGAUGAUUCGAGUAGUGACUCGGCUUCGUCCUCUGGCGCGAGCGUCUUCGACGACUCCCUACUCUCUCGGUACAGGAGCCAUGCGAGCUUUGCAUCUUCCAGGACAUCUCUGUCGUCGGCCGAUGUUUCUGACGCCGAAGAUGAAAAAGAGGGAAACGGCGCUGAGGAGUCUUCCGACCAGAAGACUCUGGCCGAGAUAACAGAUUCAUUCCGCGAGCUUGUAGCCAAGCUUGAAGGACGAGGUCUUUACGAGACACCCUACUGGGCUUACGCUGGGGAUGCGUUCCGAGUCGCACUAAAUUUCACCAUCAUGCUCCUGUUCCUGCGAUCUGGCUGGUAUCUGACCUCAGCCGUCUUCAUGGGCUGCUUCUGGCAUCAGCUCGUAUUUACUGCCCACGACGCAGGCCACCGAAGUAUCACGCACGAUCUCCACUGGGAUUCAAUGAUUGGAAUGACGCUCGGAAACUACCUGGGUGGUCUCUCCCUCGGAUGGUGGAAGCGUGCCCACAACAUCCACCACAUCGUCUGCAACGACCCCGCCCACGACCCGGAUAUCGAGCAUCUCCCAUUCAUGGCCAUCUCCCCCGCUCUGUUCCAGUCCCUCUACUCGACCCACUUUGACCGCAUCCUGCCCUUCGACAAGUUCGCGCAGACCAUGGUCCCCUACCAAAAAUACAUGUACUACCCGCUCCUCUGCUUUGGACGCUUCAACCUGUACGCCCUGUCCUUGGAAUUCCUCGUCAUGGACCUCGGCCCCAAGUGCAACCGGUGGCACCGCUUCUACGAGCUCGUCGGCCAGGCCUUCUUCUGGUACUGGUUCGGCUACCUCCUCGUGUACUGCAGCAUCCCAACCUGGACCCUCCGUGUCGCCUUCGUGCUCGUCUCGCACUGCGUGACGAUGCCGCUGCACGUGCAGUUCACGCUCUCGCACUUCGCCAUGGGCACCGUCACGCCGGGCCCUAACGAGCCCUGGGCCAUGCAGCAGCUGCGCACCACCAUGGACGUCGACUGCCCGGCCUGGAUGGACUGGUUCCACGGCGGCCUUCAGUUCCAGGCCGUGCACCACCUCUUCCCCUCGCUGCCCCGGCACAACCUGCGCCAGGCGAGCCAGGAGGUCAAGGCCUGGUCCAAGAGCGUGGGUAUCAAGUACGAGAUCUACGGCUUCCAGGAGUGCAACGGGCGCGUGCUGUCCCGGCUGGAGGAGGUGGGACGGCAGGCGCGCUUCUUUGUCGAGUGCCAGGAUAAGAUCCUUGAGAAGGGGGAUUUUAUGAGGGGGGAAUGGGAAUAG